UUGAUAAUUUAAUUAAUGUUGAAAAUAAAGAACUGAAAAAGCAUAAAAAUUGGUUUUGGACUAAUAAAUUUUAUAUUAAUCCAUUAAUUCCAACAAUGAAUAUUUUUAAAAGAGAAAUAUUAAAAAAUAUUACACCGAGAUAUAUUGUCAUAUCAGGUCCUACAGGUGUUAGAAAAACAAGUAUAAUGAAAUUAUUAAAAGAAAAAAUAGAAAAUGAAGGAUUUUCUGUAAAGAUUUGUUGUGAAUCUAUUUUAAAAGGAUCAGAAUAUUUGUUAGAAUAUAAAGAAAAUGAUAUUCAAAAAUUUGAAUAUGCUUUAUUGAAUCAGUAUCAUAAAUGUCGAAUUGAAAUGGAAAAUUUAAAAGAUAAUUUUAUUAUUGUCGAUCAUGAAGUAUUUGAUGGUGAUGUUUAUAAAGAAAUAUAUAAAUUUGAUAAAAGUGUUAUUGAAAAUGAACAUGUUGAAUUUAAUAAUUUAAUGAUAGUUUUUCUUAUUUUAUGUAAUGAGAUAAAUCUUGAAAGGAAUUAUUAUAAUAGAGAAAAAAAUGAACGAAAAUAUUCAUUAGUUGAAU